UUGGUUUCUUCUCCAACGCUACCUCUGCGGAGUUUUCUGUUUAUUAAUAUAUUCGCAGCGUCGCUCCGUUAAUCCAAAUCUCUCUCCUCUCUCUCUCUCUCUCUCUCUCUCUCUCUGUAUUGUUUUCAACGAUUCCUGUCGUAUUACUGCAUUCGCGAUUCGAAUAAUCUAUUCGCUUUCAGAGGCUGUGCAAUUCUCUUUCUAGAUCUUCCGAGGUCCGACGAUGCUGCCGUGGUUUUGUUUUCUAGAAGGUGAUUGAAAUUCCAGAGGCACUCAAGAUUUUAUGCUGAUGAUUGUAGAUAAGCUUGAAAUUCUUUUCUGAAGCAUUCAUAGUGCAGAGACCUCGCGUUCAGUGGCUGCUUUUAGAUGAUAACCACUGCUUGCAGCUAGUAUAGGCUGCAUCUAAGCAUGUUGAUAUCUAUUUUGUUGAUAAUUGGUCAAUCUUACAAUGAAAAGCCAACUCUUUGGUUCACAUUAUAUUAUUCAGUGGACGCAAGGCCAGAUUUGUGCAUACCAGUAGCUCAACAACACUGUUUAAACAGUGUAGAAACCUCUUUAACGAGGUCCGGGAUCCACUGAUCAAACUUUGACUUACCAAUUUGUAAAUUGAAGAAUGGAAAAAUAUAAAUUUUUUGGUGAGAUUGGCGAUGGAAGUUGUGGUCAUGUAUAUAAAGCUAUAAAUAUUGAGACAUCUGAGAUUGUUGCUGUCAAAAAGAUGAAGAGGAAGUACUAUUACUGGGAGGAAUGUGUAAACCUAAGAGAAGUGAAGUCCCUCCGAAGAUUAAAUCACCCUAACGUCAUAAAGUUGUUGGAGAUUGUCAGACAAAACAAUGAGCUUUUCUUCAUUUUUGAGUACAUGGAGCAUAACUUAUACCAAAUAAUGAAAGAUCGACAGACUUCUUUUUCGGAGGAAGAGAUUCGAGCAUUUAUGUCCCAAGUUCUGCAAGGGCUUGCACAUGUGCAUCAACACGGAUAUUUUCACCGUGAUCUAAAACCUGAAAAUUUGCUGGUCACAAAUAACAUGCUAAAGAUUGCCGACUUCGGACUGGCUAGAGAAUUGUCAUCAUCACCUCCUUUUACUGAUUAUGUUUCUACUCGCUGGUAUCGUGCUCCAGAGGUCUUACUUCAUUCUUCAUCCUAUACCCCUGCCAUCGAUAUGUGGGCUGUUGGUGCAAUACUUGCUGAACUUUUCACUUUGAACCCGUUGUUUCCUGGGGAAAGUGAAAUUGAUCAGUUAUACAAGAUCUUUUGGGUUCUUGGGGCUCCUGAAUUGAAUUCCUUCCCUCAUGCCAGAAACAUUAUUCAAUUAACUGAUAUCAGUUAUUCAUAUAUCAAGCCUGCCAGUUUGUCUGAUAUUAUUCCAAAUGCAAGCCUGGAAGCAAUUGACUUGAUUAAGCAACUUUGCUCCUGGGAUCCAUUGAAACGGCCGACUGCAGAGCAAUGUUUGCAUCAUCCUUUCUUCCAUGUUGCCUCACCGUUUCCUCGUCCACUUGGAGACGGACUUAAAUUAAGUCUAGGAGCCGAACCUAAUCUUGAGCUGAACUUGUGGGACUUCGGUGCUUCAAAGGAUGAUUGCUUUCUUGGCUUGACAUUGGCAGUGAACCCCAGCGUUCCAAACUUGGGUAGAGAGAUGAUCUGCAGAGAUCAAGGUGCCAAAGACGAUGUGAUGAUCCAUCCCAGUUAUAUCGACCAUUCACAACAAUCAGUUUUCUGGUCGAUGUUCCCUGCCAAUCACCACGUAUUAACUACAUCGGUGGAGCCUUCCCUAUCGCUGGCUUUCAGUUCUGGUUCAAAUCCAUCAGCAAAUAUGAUUCCGGAAUCGGCAGCAGCAGGAUUCACGGUGGCGCCGUUCCAGGCCAAUGGUGGUCUAGAUCGCCCGGUCCUCGCAAGUUCAGCACCCUUUCCCCAACAUCAUCGAUACCUCUGAUCUAUAUUAAUAUGGUAUGAAUGAAUGAAUUGAGGCAAUUUUUGUUUACACUUAUUUUUAUUGACUUUACUUCCUACUUGUUUAGAUGAUUUAGUUAGUCGCAACCACCUUUUGGUUUAUUGAUUUUGAGGUCCAUAUAGUGAGCGAGUCAAUCACAUUAUUUUUCUCUUCUUAUUAUUAUUAAAUAUUUGAGUUUUUUCA